UACAUCGGCAGGCGUCUGCUAGUAUAAAACCACGCGGACAUGGCCACCAUGUUUGGCAGCAAUCGAGAAAGACACACAGCAACUGAGAUUUGAGAAGCUUCUACUGCCACUAGCCAACCCGCCGAGGCAUCUCUGCAAGCGAAGCAGAUCGAGGACAUGGUUGUCGCGUCGUCGCCGGGCGAGCUCGGCUCGCUGUUCGCGGCGUUCGACAAGGACGCCGACGGCAGGAUCUCCGCGGCCGAGCUGCGCCUGUGCAUGCGGGCGGCGCUGGGCGAGGACGUGACGGCCGAGGACGCCGAGGCGCUGGUGGCCUCGGUGGACGCGGACGGCGACGGGCUGCUGGACGAGGGCGAGUUCGCGCGGCUGGUGCGCGCGGAGGCGGCGGACGUGAAGGAGGAGGAGCAGCAGCGGCGCAGGGGGCUCGAGGCGGCGUUCGGCAUGUACGCGGUGGAGGGCGAGGGGCGCAUCACGCCCGCCAGCCUGAGGCGGAUGCUCAGCAGGCUCGGCGCGCGCCGGGAGGUGGACGACUGCCGCGCCAUGAUCCGUAGGUUCGACCUCGACGGCGACGGGGUGCUCAGCUUCGACGAGUUCGAGAUCAUGAUGAUGAACGCCUGAACAAGAUGCUCUGCUCACGAGGGGAUCCAUGGACAGAUUGUGAUUGUGGUUUCUUUGCCGGCUCUGUACAGUUUUUUUUCGAUGGGUUCUGUACAGUUCCUAGCUGCGGUGGAUUGUUCAUACAUUUUUUUAAUCGUAAGAAUAUAGUUUAUUCAAUUGUUCA